UCAAAACAGCCGUUGGUCCCAUCCCCUGCACCCUUCUUCCUAUCAGAGCUGCGCACCUCCAUCCUCCGGAAAACCACACCCGGCCCUGUCGUCAGUCUCGCGAGUUCGAGCUCGCAGCAUUACUGGCACAUCAAUCGUCAUGCCGGACCUUGGAAUAGAUAACCUCACCGUCGUGCUUCUCGCCCUUCUUGCAGCACUCGCGAUCUAUCAUCGCUUCUUUGCUGCUCCAUCACCUCUGGUCCAUCCGCUUCUGCUCAGCAAGCAGAGUGAGGUUUCCGCUGUCAGGAAAAGUGGUGAGACAGGUAUCUACAGAUCAUGGGCUACGGGACAAGGCACUCCUCUGACUGUGAGACCCGCUAACACUGUCAAAACCGUCCAAGAUGUUGCCCGACCUCCAAAAGCAGACCCCAAGGAGAAGGCUACCCGACCAGAUCAACGAUGUAUCCUCGAUGUACAACUCACUGAUGAAGCACUUGCGGAAAUUGUUCGACUCGUACCUCUGGGUAUCGAGAUUCUUUUCCCUCGCUCAUCGCCCAUGAUCGCGUCUAGUAUCGUCACCCUCAUUCCUCCUUCCCCAAACAGCGCUCUUCCCUUGUUGCUCCUCUCUCUUUCAGCCACGCCACAUAGACCUCUUGCUAUUCUUCCGAAUCCAAGGCUUCUAACCGCUGCUCUCACUGGCCAUGGCGCCCAUCCUACGGCAGGCAUUGUUGUUGUCUUUGCUGAUCUGCUUGCUGAAGUUGUUGAACAAGUCUGGGAGGAUGAGGGCGAUAAAGUGGGUGUACUUAUCAUUGGAGAUGAGAACAAGCUCCAGAGAUCUGUUGUAGAGGAGGCUCGAAGGAAGGGGUUGACUAUACAUUGGUGGGAGGAAAUUUGGGAGAUGGCUGAGAGUGAAAUGGCCGAGAAGAUUCAGUUGCAAAAUGCACACUUUAGCGAUGUGCAUAGCUACUACUAUUCAGAGUCUGAGGACCCCGAAAAGCCGGUCAUUGUCAAAGUCACUCACAUGAAUGUCACUGCCGGUAUUGCAUCUCUGCUCUCGAUUUUCCCCGCAGACAAGCGACCUUCCAGCAAGCUUCACGACGUCGUUGCUAGCGCUGUCCGCCUUGACACCCCCUUAGGAAUGACUAUCGCCCUUGCUAGCAUUUGGAACGGCGCCGGAUACAGGAUGAUCGGUAAUCAAGAGCCUGUUUUUGACGUAGAGGACAUUGAAUGUGUCGAACACCUCACUGCUCUUGCGGACCCCACUAAAGACUUGCCCAAACCCACCAUUUUGUUCAUUACACCCAAGUACCAUCGCGCUCUCCUCGACAGUCUUCAGUUCUCUUACGAAGCUCAUCCUUGGGCUUCUCUUGCCGCGCUACACAAGGCUCGAGACCUCAGCCACGGACACGUGGAUCGUGAUGGCAUCUGGGACAAGAUUCUUUGGUCGGGGAUGCGCGAAAAUGUCGUGGGAGGCGUGGCUGGUCGAAAGCUUCGUGCCGUCAUCCUUGUCGGGGACGCACCAUCCCCAACUGCCUUGGGAGCUUCGCACCUCCUUCUCUCUCUCCCGCUCACUCGUCUCCAUCCAUCACUCUAUUCCUCAGGUCCCGUUUUCGUGUCUCACUUCUAUGACCUUCAAUCCCCAGGGGUAAAUCAUGUUCUCAAGCAAGUCGACAUGUGGGAAUCCACCGAGAAGUCUCAUUCUGGUCCUCCAGCGAGCAACGUGGAGGUGAUGUUGAAAGGUGAGGAUGUGGAUGAGGCGCACGACAGAGGGGACAAAUGGAUUGAAGGGAGAGUUUUUAUCAGAGGGCCGAGUAUCCUGGAAAGAGUCGAUGGUGGUGGGAGAGUUCAAGAUGGGUGGGUCGACACUGGUGAACACGCCAAGGUCCAGACAAAUGGUACUUUUAUAGUAAACGGACUGGCAAAGUAGAAUGAAUGUAGCAUGCAGAUUAUUCAGCUCACGCUGUUACGCAAAUCCCGGUGGAAACACCUGUUCAAACCUUAUACGGCCGACAAAUACUUGGAUACCAUGCAUCAAGUACCUUACAUCCC